UUCAGUCAGAUAACACAGGUGUAUCCAGGCCCUACUGAAGAAAACUUUGGGUGAAUUGCUAUAAGGACAGGAAACUGUACUCAUACACAAUGGGAUGCCUGAAAGAACGACUGUUGAUCUUGGCCAUCUGUCUGUCUGUCAGUCUGUCUGUAGUAACAGGCCUGCGGUGCUAUGUCUGUAACUAUUACCAUCUAGAAUCAUCCGAUGGAAGCGUGAACCAAACCUUGUCUGCAAUCGUAUCCUCUUCUGACGAGGACUGUAAAAACAGUGGUACCAGGCAACAAACGUGUCCCUCCGAUAGUGGGUACAAAUGUGUCAAAGUGAGUGCCACAGUGGAACUUUCGGUGGUUGGAGAGGACGUAAAGGUGGAUACGGUGAAUCGUGCCUGCAUCCGAACUACCACUAUCUCAGAUAGGUGUAACGCAGCAACUGACGAGGAGAAAACCGCACUGCGAGCGGCCUUUGCUUCCAUUGCGACCGUCACCUCUGUUGAUGCAACAGGUUGUGUAUGCUCUACAGAUUUAUGCAAUGGUCAGCUCAGCAUUAGUACCAAGAAAUUCUGUUGGCUGGCUGGGCUGGUCCUGGCGGUGCUGGCACGUCAGCUCUAAAAGCGCUGUACUUCCACUUUUCAGUUUCAAGAAACACAAAAAUAUAUAUAAUCGUAUGACUAAAUACUACCGUUGUUAUUGAGAAUGGAUGCAUGUUUGUUUACGUUUUUAAUAAUUCGGUGAAAAUUUACAUUUACUGUACGUGUGACUCUUGAAUAGUUCCAGAAAUUGAAAG